CUUCCCAGAUUGUGGCGGAGCGCUUGACUGCCUCGAGGGGCUCUGGGCUCUCAGUGCUACGGUGUUUGUCACUUAGUGAAGAGGGUGUGGAUUGUGACGCUGUAUAAAGACAAAUAAAGGCCAAAGAACUGGACGUAAAUACAGAAUCAUACUCUGUAACGCGCGGCCAAGAACGUGAAAGCGAAAAAUACAGGAAAAAUGUGAGAAUAUUCCGCUUGUUCGAAUACUUUCUUCGAACGCUGAUAAGACUUCGAAGCAUCGUCACCACCAGCACCGCCACCACCACCAAAACCACCACCGCCCGUUGAGAGCUCCGUGUCUUUAACUUACCCCUCUCUCUCUCUCUCUCUCUCUCUCUCUCUCUCUGUCAGUCAGUCAUCAUGGGCGUCUUGGCUCUCUUUCUUGUGGUGUGGCUGGCGGCGGGUUGGAGUCGGGCACACCUCAUGGAUAACUUGGUGGGAGCGGCGGGCCUGCCCACCUGCCCGGCUCAGCUUCACGCCGCGCACCGCCGACACCUGCUCACCACAGCGCCCAUGCCUCCCUCUGUGCGCGGCAGGUGGAUCUCCUCAAGAUGCGAGACCCCGGCCAGGCCCUCAGUACGUGCUGCGCUCCUACACCUUCCAUCGCGACGGCUCCUUCCUGCUAUCACUCCAUACCUUACCGCGACCCGUCCUGCGCCCACCCUACCCGCUCCCUCAUGGCUCGCGGCAAUCUGACCCUGGGCCGCCCCUCCUGGAUCACCCCGGGUGGCACUGAGGCGGAGUACACCCUUUCUAAGGUGGAGGUAAUGGGUCACUCUCACCAGGACGCCACCAAGCUUGCUCUCGCCGUGAACGCCACCUGUCCGGGCAAGAUUACUAAGCCCUGGAAGCCACACAAAGCCUACGUGGUGCUGUCAUACGCCGAGGCUGCCAACGAAGUGACGGAAGAUGAGGACUGCUCCCGUGGACUUGGCGGCGCGUGGAAUGAACUCCAGCUUCUGAGAGUAGAGGUGACGAUGCAAGGACACGACGCGGGAACAGCGGCGGCGGCGACCAGGGAGGAGGCGCAGCAGGAGGAUACUGGUGGUGGUAGUGGCAUGAAGUCCCCCAAAAUCAUUCGCAAGGAGCUUUUCUUGGGGGAUCUUCACACGGACUCAAGCAAGCAGGAGCUGUACCGCCCCACUGGCUAUCAGACGCCACUCCUGCACGCCAAAUAUGCUGGGGCGUGUGGGGGCGUAUGCAAGGCUGUUGAACGGGGCACAGAUGACAGCCCGCCCCACCUCCACGCCAGUCCCGCCCUACCCCUCUUGCUGGCGGGCUCCUGGGCCUCCCGCCGGUGUGAGACACGCCCCUAUGGCAUGUUUCUCACCCGCCACCUCGAAUUCAGUCCAACCGGCCACCGCUGGACCAUGACUCUACGUCACUACCACGACCCUGAGUGCACCAGGCCCUCCUUCACCCUGCAGGCCAGCGGCACCCACCGUCCCGCCACCAUCUUGCCAUCCCCAGCGUCUCCCCGCCACACCUUCAUCACGACCUACGCCCACGACUUCAACGUGACGCGGCUGCUGCUCACCCCCGAGGACGAGUACUUGUCCCGCGCCCUGAACAUGUACAACAAUGUGGACUGCGGAGUGCAGGGCUCCUGGGUGCGCGGCGAGGCCCAAGACGUCACGCCCACGGGCGGCUGUGCGGCCGUCGGGGUUCAGGUGCCCGCGGUGAAGAAAGAGAUUGUGCGCACAGGCGUGGAUGAGACAGGCAGGAUGUGGCUAGCUCUGGGACAGACGCCCACCGCCAAGCAGCUGUCAGGGGCGCGACGCCCCACCAGCUGGGGACCAGAGCUCACCAGUUGUCGUAGUUACCAUGCCUACCAUCACGACAACACCCUCUUGCCCAUCGUGGGCGCCCGUACUGCCUCCUCGGCCUCAGCCAAGCACACUCUGCCAGCGUGCACGACAUUGCUGGCACUGUUGGUCCUGCUGGCCGCCCCGCACCACCGCUAGGCCGCUCGCCACGGCACCAGCGGCAGUCAGCAACACACAUCUCACUGAAAGCAAUACUUAGUGAGAGAAAAGAAAAGGUUUUUAUGCCACUGAGGUGACGUGUUUGUCCCGAUGUGUGGCCUUGAUCGAGACAAGAGGCUGGGGCCCCACAGGCACUGCACAGAACCUCGGGCACCCUAGAGUGCUGUCGACCAGUAGACUGGAAAUACAGCGACUCCCGCGCCUAGGUAGCAUUAUGCUCGCCGUACAAAUCCUAGUAGAAAGCUGGCACCACCCUUCGUCCUCUCUGACCUGAGGGAAAGUUCAUCCUCCCUCUCCGUCUUCUCCCGCUCCUCGACACUCCACGGACAGUCCAGAGCACAACGCGGUCAUUGCCUCACGCUGAGACACGACUCACUCUACGGGUCAUUCUUGCCGGAAAUGGACAUUAUAUUUACGAUAUGAUAAUAAUAAUAAUAAUAAUAAUAAUAAUAAUAAUAAUAAUAAUAAUAAUAAUAAUAAUAAUAAUAAUAAUAAUAGUAAUAAUAAUAAUAAUAAUAAUAAUAAUAACUAUAAUAAUAAUAAUAAUAAUUAUGGCUUUCUAUGAAAUCGAAAGGUCACGUGACGCCGUGGGAGAAGUAAACUAGAGUGUGUGUUGUCUAUUCUCAGUUGUAUGUUUUCACUGUCGUGUCAAUAAUAAUAAUAAUAAUAAUAAUAAUAGUAAUAAUAAUAAUAAUAACAUGGGCAACUUUAGGAAAAGAUAGUAAAAUACGAGGUGUAGAAUACUUUAUUACCCCGUCCCUACCCCUCCCUCCCAGCAGCGGCAGGACUGUGGUGAGAGAGAGAGAGAGAGAGAGAGAGAGAGAGAGAGAGAGAGAGAGAGAGAGUUGUCACUAUAGUUACAGUUAAGCACAUGAGCUAGUCAGUCAUUCAGUCACCACAGUUACUGCCACUCUACAUUCCAUUACUACAGCCACCAUCACUCAGCCACCUCAGCUAGUCAGGCACCAGUCACCAGCAUGCCCGGUACAAGCCAACAGGUAACUAGAAGCAACAAUUACAAAUAAAGAAAAAAUGGAAUUCAA